AAGACGACGAUGUCGAUGAUAGUCGGUCGUAAGGGGGAAUGCAAGAAGGAUGGUGCAGGGCAGAGUAAAAUGUGGAACGGCGUUUUGGUAGGGAGAUUGUAUUGAAUUCGAUGCACCGAUACCAACCUAGAAUUCACCUGGUCAAGUUUCGCGAAAACUCGGGGCCAAUUACAGACCUCGAACAGGAACAGUAUCGGACAUUUGUCUUUCCUGAAACCGUGUUCACUGCAGUGACCGCCUAUCAGAAUCAACUCAUCACCAAGCUAAAGAUUGACUCAAACCCGUUCGCUAAGGGGUUCAGGGAUUCCUCAAGGCUGACGGACUUUGACAGGUAA